AUGCCGUCGGAGAGCAGAGCGGAGUGUCUGGACCAGGCGGCCGCGCAGGUGGGGACGGCUGCGGGCUCGGCUGAAGCCCCGGCUGCUCCGGCUGGCGGCGGCCCCGACCCGGAGCCCUCGUCGGCCUCGCUCGGACGUCACCAGAGCCGUCUGUCCUGGCCACAGGUGAAGCGGCUGGACGCGCUCCUCAGCGAGCCCAUUCCCAUUCACGGGCGCGGCAACUUUCCCACGCUGAGCGUGCAGCCCCGGGAGAUCGUGCAGGUCGUCCGCAACAGCCUGGAGGAACAGGGACUGCGUGUGCACAGUGUGCGACUGCAUGGCUCAGCCGCCAGCCACGUGCUCCACCCAGAGAGUGGCUUGGGCUACAAGGACCUGGACCUGGUGUUCCAGAUGGACCUGCCCAGUGAGGCCUCCUUCCAACUGACCAAGGCAGUGGUGCUGGCCUGCCUGCUGGACUUCCUGCCAGCUGGAGUGAAACGGGCCAAGAUCACACCAGUGACCCUCAAGGAGGCGUACGUGCAGAAGCUGGUGAAGGUGUGCACAGACACGGACCGCUGGAGCCUCAUCUCGCUGUCCAACAAGAGUGGCAAGAACGUGGAGCUCAAGUUUGUGGACUCCGUGAGGCGCCAGUUCGAGUUCAGUGUGGACUCCUUCCAGAUCAUCCUGGACUCCCUGCUGCUUUUUGGUCAGUGCUCAUCCCCGCCUAUGUCUGAGGCCUUCCACCCGACCGUGACAGGUGAGAGCCUAUAUGGGGACUUCUCUGAGGCCCUGGCGCAUCUGCAGCACCGCAUCAUUGCCACGCGCAGCCCCGAGGAGAUCCGUGGUGGUGGCCUCCUCAAGUACUGCCACCUCCUAGUGCGGGGCUUCCGGCCUCGGCCCAGCACUGACGUGCGUGCCCUGCAACGGUACAUGUGCUCCCGAUUCUUCAUCGACUUUCCAGACCUGGCAGAGCAGCGGCGCACUCUGAAGCGCUACCUGGAGGCCCACUUUGGAGGGCCAGAUGUGAGUCGCCGCUACGCCUGCCUUGUGACCCUGCACCAGGUGGUCAAUGAGAGCACCGUGUGCCUCAUGAGCCACGAGCGACGCCAGACCCUGGACCUUAUUGCCAUGCUUGCCCUCCAGGCACUGGCUGAGCAAGGCCCUGCAGCCACUGCCGCCCUGGCAUGGCGCCCCCCAGGCCCCGACGGGGUUGUACCAGCCACUGUCAAUUAUUAUGUGACCCCCAUGCAGCCUCUGCUGGCUCAGGCCCACUCCUAUCCCACCUGGCUGCCUUGCAACUGACUCACAUCCUGGCCAGAAGGGACUGGACCUCAAGGGGUGGGACGGGGUCACCAGAUGCGUGCGGAGGACAUGACCAGAGACAGGCAGCCUGUGCCCGCUGGCCUGGCACUGCUGUAGGGUUGGGUCUUCUAACUAACAGACCAAACUUUCCCACAUGAGGCCCUCUGUGUGGGCUUAGAGCCAAGCCAGGGUUCUUGACAAGAGGACCUUUUGGUCAUUUUACCACUUUUGGGACCAGCAUGGUUGUGGGGGACAGGGGCUACUUGUCAAGACAAAGCAAGCUUGGGUUGAUUUCCGUGACCUAGAAAGAGUCAGUCCACAGGGAGCCUGCAGUCUCCACACUGGUGAAAACAGUGUUAUGUGGCAGGACUACUCACUUUGGGCUAUGCUGAACCAUUAACAGGGCCUGGUGGUCCAAACUUGCUAAUCACCAGGAGGAAGGAAACUGAGGCAUGAGGCAGCUACUUGAGUUGGGGUGGGGAGGAUUAGCCUUAGCUCCUAAAAUUUUGUUCCCCGGGCUGUGUGACCUUGGAGGAGCUGAGGUGUACAGUGGACAGGCUCCAACCAGCCAGGGUAGGAUGCAAACCCCGCCCCUCCCAGUGUCACAGCCUCUUCCUGCCUGAGCAUUUGUGUCAGAGGGUCCUGGAUCCAAAGUUCCAGUCAAAUCCAGAACUCCCACCCUACAUACUUGUUUCUAGGACUUUUUCACAUGGGGGAGGGUAGCCAUAUGCCGCCACCUUGUCCAUUCUUCUAGAUUCAUUGCCAUUUUGCACUCUUACCACCCACCAAUAAAGAUUGUUACACUGG